UCCUCAGACUUCAUGUUCCCACAUCUGUGUAAGCUUAAAGAGAAUCAAACUUUUCUUUGUUGCAACGUUCCACAAUUGCUCUGUUCACGUUCUUCAUUCUAAAAUUCCUAAUCAGUGGCAUUCAUAAUGGCUUCAUCUGAUAAACCCCUCCGCAUCGGUUAUGUACCUGAGCACUUUUCUACCCCGCUAUAUUUUGCACAGAAGCAUUUCGGCUUGGAGGGAGAACUCAUUGCAUUCCCGUCUGGCACGGGACAUAUGAUUACUUCUCUUCGGGCUGGUGAGAUUGAUAUUGGAAUUGGACUUACUGAAGGAUGGGUAGCUGGGUUGGGAAAGGAUGAAGUGGAAGGAGAUGGAGGAUACAAGAUCGUUGGCACAUAUGUUGAGACACCUCUAUGUUGGGCUAUUUCCACAGGAGCAAAACGAGACAUCAACAGCAUAGCAGAUUUGAAGAAUGGCAAAAUUGGAGUCUCUAGGAUAGGUUCGGGAUCCUACGUGAUGGGAUUUGUCUUGGCAGAUCAACAAGGCUGGCUUUCCUCCGAUCCUUCUACACAACCGUUCGAAUUCAUCCCUCUCCAAACCUUCGAGAAACUCCGGAAUGCCGUGAACGACAGUACGGCCGACUUCUUCAUGUGGGAACAUUUCACGUCGAAACGAUACUACGACAAUGGAGAGAUCAAGAAAGUUGGAGAAAUAUACACGCCAUGGUCGAGUUGGAAGAUUGUUGCUAGUACGUCAAUCAAGGAGAACGAUGCAAGGUUAGAAGAGAUGUUCGAGAAACUAGACAAGGGAGUGAGAUAUUUUGGUGGGAAUAAAGAAGAAGCUGUCAAGUAUAUCAGCACGAAGUUGGACUAUAGCGAGGCUGAUGCCAGGGAAUGGAUGAAGACUGUAAAGUUUACAAGUGGGACCAAAGGCGUGGAUUUAAGUGUGAUUCAGAAGACGGUUGAUACGUUGAAGAAGGCAGGUGUGUUGAAAGAUGGAGGCAUGAAGCCGGAGCAGAUGAUUGCUAGUCAAAGAAAGGCUUCAUAGUCAUCAUGGAGAAAAGAUGAGUCGAAGUGUAAGAAUAGUAGGAAAAGCUGAAGUCUGACUGGCUUCAAACAUUUGGAUAAUUCACAGCUUGAAAGAGACUUUAGCCCUUUUGCC